CUCUCCUUCACCUGCGCAGGCAGAAAGAUACUUAUAAAAGGGACGACAGCAAGGUGGAUCAAGCAGCUCAUCAAAAAGGCAAACAUUGUGAACAUCCACCUCCUCCUUCCCCAACUAAAAUGAGCGCAAUUCAGAAAAUCUUCGUCGUCGGCGGCACUGGCGCGCAGGGGAUGCCCGUCGUGCGCGGUCUCGUGGACAAGUAUCGCUGCCGAAUCCUCACGCGCGACGUCUCGUCGCCGCGCGCGCUUGAGCUCAAGGCGCUUGGUCCCAACAUCGAGCUCUUCCAGGGCGUCUUUACCGACACGGCAGUCCUGAGGCAGGGCAUGAAGGACUGCGACGGUGUCUUUUUCAACCUCGACGGCUUCAACACGGGCGAAAAGGCAGAGACCUUCUGGGCGAUUCGAAGCUACGAGCUGGCCAGGGAGCAGGGUGUCCGUUUCUUCGUGUACGGCAACCUAGAUUACGGGUACAAGAAGGGAGGCUACGAUCCAAAGUACCGAUGCGGGCACUACGACGGCAAGGGAAGAAUCGGCGAGUGGGUCCUUGCCCAGUCCAAGGGCAGCCCGAUGGGCGCAGCCGUGUUCACCACGGGUCCCUACAUGGACAUGACGGUCGCAUAUGGCACGCCCAUGAUGCCCAGCAUCGUCGACGGCACCGCGACCUGGGCCGUUCCGCUGGGAAAGGGUGCUGUCCCCCACGUCUGCCUCGAAGACUGCGGUCCAUACGUGCGAUGGCUCUUUGACCACUUUGACGGCGAAGCAAAUGGGAUGGACCUCGAGGUGGCCAUUGACCACAUCGCCUACGAGGACCUGGCCAGCGCAUUCAGCGCCGUCACAGGCAAGCCUGCGCGCUACGUCGAUGUGACGCUGGACGAAUACUGGGAAAAGGGUCCCAUGUCCAAGGCGGCCACAAACGCCACUGGCUACACCGUCGAUCCAGAUGACGCCGCAGCCAUGACGAUGCGCGACAACUUCACGGGCUUCUGGAACCUCUGGAAGAACUCUGGUGGAAAUGCGGGCGUGAUCCGGCGCGACUAUGCCCUGCUCGACCGAAUCCAUCCCACUCGCAUCAAGUCGGCCCACGAGUGGUUCAAGAAGCAGGACGAAGUGGCCCGCAAGAAGGGCUCGAGCCUGUGGCAGAUGGCCGAGAACACCAAGCCCAUUCUCAAGAUCCAUGAAGACUUUGCGUCUGGCAAGAUCACCCAUCGUUCUCGGGUGUAGUCUGUCUGGCCUCCUCUCCUGCACAGCACUGCAUACCGUCUACUUGUUUAUUCACUAGCCCCAUUACUGAUUAGGAUGUCUCUACGUACCAC